AAAGACUUUGCUGUAUUCAGGACCGGAUCCACAGAGGCAUCCCCGAGACCACCCCAUAUAAGUACCUUGGGAUGUCUGGAUUAAUCGAAAUUCUCAGGCGGAAAGACCGUCAAAUUGACAGUCUCAAACUUCAACGUCUUAACACCAAUCGGAAACUGGAUUUGCUCAUGACUUCAAACCUGGACUACAAAAGAUUCGUCAUGGCUGUGGGCAAGUGCAAUGUACCCCGCUUGAAUCAACUUGUGCGGUCCGCGCUACGAAAGAAGCAUGGGAUUAAUGGAAUCAUUCAACUUAUUGGGAGAGCCGCACUUGGAACUUACAGCCCGAGGCACACAGAACAAGAACACCUUAUGAGUGUUGUGCUCUACUGGUUAGGGGGCGCACGCGUUGCAGAAUCAAACAUCGCAACAGCGUUUCAAAUUGAUGCCCCUUCCAAUAAUCAAGUUGUCGGCCUUGUUUGUAUGAUAGAUGAGAUUAAGGUGGAAGAGGUGUUGGACUGGUGCCUGCACACCAACAGUGUGAUUGGCCUUUGUCGAGAGCAUUCAGGGUGUAAUGCACAUGCAAUCAAUAACAUCGAUGAUUUGCAUUUCGGCAUGGAGGCUACAGUUGCCGCAAUUGGAGCUCUCACCGGGAAUCAUCGCCAAUACAUCGCACGGCCAUUUCUAAUCACCGACAAACAUGCUGAUCUCCUCCACCUAGCAUGCAGUGCCUGCAACCAAAUGCAUAAGGAGACCAAGGGGAAUGGCGAAUCAAGGCGAGGAAAGGCACUUGUAGCCUUAACGGAGCACACACCACUAUCUCCAACAUCCCGCUUAUAUGCUUACCUGGGUGGACUACCGCUGCUAAACCUACUGGUUGGAGAGGACGAGUUAACAUCUGACAAAGACUACAAGCAUGUUAUGAAAAGACUUCGACACACUCACCUGAGGCCCAGCGGUGUUUCAGUCGGUGUCCUGCGGUCCCACCUAGAAGGCAACAAAUACCCCUCAAGCCAAAUCAACAACCUGAUGAAUGCCACAGAUAAACAAGAUGUCACUACAAUGUUUAACCUAAUGCUACUUAUCUGGAAGUUACCACCACCACUCACCACGGACAAUCCCAUAUACUAUGAAACUCGUGUCGCCCUCAAUCAACACUCAAAGCUUGUCAAAUAUCUAAUCUUACCCUACAUAAAUGUUGACAUGAGCCUUCAUGAUCAACUUAAGUCUCUUAGUGCCGCGGCACACCUGGCAUACAUAUUCUUUACUGAUCAUAAUGCACACUCGGCUUACCUCCCAUCACCCCUUUACCGUGAUAUCCAAAUCAUGGUCAAGAACGCGUUCUUUUGCGUGGCAAAGAUGAAGCGUGACAAUCCCAAUGGCGAGUUCUUCUUGAUCCUGCUGGGCAUGGAUAGGCUGGAAUGGAUUUUUGGCCUUAUCAGAUCUCAAAAUGGGAGCGAUGUUAACGUUAGCACUUACACUUUAUUGGGCCGAACUUCAGGGGCCGUCGAAUGCCACUCAAUCCUCUCCCAACACCCAGAAUGGGACCGGGGCCCUCGUCGGCUAAGGCUCCAGGGUUUAAGCACCACAACAGGGAUAGAGCAAAAAAUCGAUCACCUCAAUCCGGCAUUGUGGAAGGGAGACGUGCGAGUCUCUGGCGUACAACUGAUGUCUGCAUGGAGUUCCGGCCGGCAUGAGAAAAGUUCGGCAAGCUUGAGUCGACCCCGGGUGCCGAUCUGCUAA